UCUUUCUGUGUAUCAUUUCUAUGAUAUUGCGAAGCGAAUUCGAUUACUUUCUACGAAGUUCUAUCUGGUGUGCUCUGUUUCUGUUUGGCGUUCAAUUUGAUGUUGUAGAAAUUUUCGUGACUACUCGAGUUGUAUUGUUUGUAUCAAUUAAUUGUUAUAUUGGUAUUUGGCAAUAAAUUAUUCGAUAAUUACUCAUUGACAGUUAAGUACUGCGGAAAAUGCUUGUCUCAAGACUGUGCCAGGUGUCGAUCACACCGGCGGCCAGGGCGCUGUUGCGACAGAGUGCUCCGCCCGCUCACGCGGCCCGCUUCCAGCCCCUCCGCAAGUUCACCGGGGGCGGCCGGAGCGGCUUCAAGGAGCGCUUGGCGGAGCGCCGGUCCCUCCAGGAGCAGAUCACACAGCCCGCGGGCGAGACAGCGUUUACUGUCGGACGUGGAGCAGUGGCAGGGGGCGCAGCCCUUGGAUUGGGGGCGUUGUGCUAUUACGGCUUGGGACUCUCCAACCAGGCAUCAAUCGUCGACCAGGCAGUGUUGUGGCCCCAGUAUGUGCGUGACCGAGUCCACACGACGUACCUGUACGUGGCCGGUUCAGUCGUCGCUACGGCUGCCGCUGCUACGGCCACGCUGCGUACUCCUGCCCUGCUGAACUUUGUCGGCAAGACCUCUUUUCUCUCCAUCGCAGCCUGCAUCGCGGCCAUGAUCGGCAGCGGCAUGCUGGUCCAGAGCAUCCCGUACGAGCCGGGUUUCGGCGUGAAGCAACUGGCUUGGUUGGGGCACACAGCGAUAUUGGGCGCUGUCAUCGCGCCCAUCUGCCUGCUGGGCGGGCCCAUCAUCAUCCGGGCCGCGUGGUACACCGCUGGCAUCACUGGCGCGCUCUCCACCAUCGCGGUGUGCGCCCCGAGCGACAAGUUCAUGAACAUGGCUGGCCCUCUGGCGAUCGGGCUGGGCGCUGUCUUCGCAGCUUCUCUCGGUAGCAUGUUUUUCCCUCCGACCACGGCCCUGGGCGCGGGACUGUACUCCAUGAGCGUGUACGGGGGCCUGCUGCUCUUCUCCGGGCUGCUGCUCUACAAGACCCAGAGGAUAAUCAGAGAGGCGGAGGUGGUCCCAAUGUACGGCCAGCGACAGUUCGACCCCGUGGCAUCUGCCAUAGCCAUCUACAUGGACAUAAUCAACAUCUUCUUACGCGUCGCUAUGAUCCUGGCAGGUGGAAACAGGCGACGUUAGAGAAAAGUGUUUAAUUUUUAAGAUGUGCAAGAGAUGUUCCUUAAGACUGAUAACAAAGUGGGCUGUAGUAGAUCUAUUUUAACUCUUAAAGAUACUUCAGAAUUUGUGAUUGAAUAAAAAUACCAUAAAUUACUGUUGUUAAGACUAAAGAAAUGGUGGAGCUUAAAACAAUCACUAGGAUCUCUGGCAUGGUUAUUAUUUAUGAUUAUGACUAUAUGUAUUGGAACUGAAGUUAUUGGGUUUUUGUCUGUUUUUUCUUCUGAAAAAUAAAAAUAGCAGUAAAAUUUAUUUUGCACAGAUUAGUACAAUCCAUCCUGAAGUUGAUUUUUUUAAAGAUUAUUUGUUUUAAGAGAACUUUGCACUAAUCAAUGUUUGAUUCAGUGUUUGUAUUGGUACGUUUCAUGUCUAUUGUACAUUUGUGUUUGAGCAUACAGUUUUACGAGAGAAGUUAUGCAGUGUGUGUAAAUAUGCUUGUUUAAAUGUAAUUUAAAUAAUAAAAAGUUUGAAAAAUGUU